UUUCUGUUUUAAUAUGCUUCUGCUCUUUUUCCAGGAGGAUUCCCCAACAAACCACACCUAUCCCGUCAAUCUACGCCUCGCUCACUUUUUUUCUUAGUUACUGCACAUUCUUUUCCCCUUCCCAAGUUGAGCCCAUUCGCUUCAACGCCUGUGGGCAUACUCUCGGCUUUCAGUGCUUUUGUGUUCAGUCGAGUAGGAUUCUAUGGCAUUGAUCACUUCCACAAAUGGUCAUCAAUCAGGGAUUGAGACUACAAAUUCUUUCAAUGAGAUUUCACCUUCAUAUCCAUCUGCUUCUGUUCCAUCCUCAGCAGAAUUCAAAAUUAUGUGUUACGAUGUAUAUAUUAACUGUCGCGGAUGGGAUGUGAAACGCACGGUGUCUAGAGCUAUCUACCAAGUCCUUCGUGGAGUGGGAUUAAGGGUAUUUCUUGAUUCCGAGGAGCUUCAAUCUGGGGACAUCUUCCCUAAGGCAGUACUGCAAGCAAUGCGUAAUGCUUCCGUCUGUAUUGCCAUAUUCUCUCCCACCUAUGCACAAUCUGGUUGGUGUCUUUCAGAGCUGUCCUUUAUGCUCAGAACUGGCACACCCAUCAUUCCUAUUUUCUACGAUGUUAAGCCUGGUGAUCUGCGAUGGGCGUGUGAGGGAAGAGGAAUAUAUGCGCAUGCUUUCUUGGAACAUGAAAAAAAGUGUAGAUACAGCCUAGAAAAGCUCCAGGAAUGGAAGACAGCACUCCGGAACGUCUCAUUAUAUCGGGGAGAAAUCAUCAAUAAUGAUUAUGAGGAGAGAAUUAUGUUGACGACUAUUGCAAAUCAUGUAUUGCAAGCAAUGAAAAUAGUACCACUGGAGGUAGCAGAGCAUCCGGUGGAUCUUCAAGAAGCUGUAGCAGACUUUGAAAAGAUUAUAUGCCCAGCACCAUUAGAAAAGCUGCGAAUUAAAAAGCUGCCCUACGAUGUUUUUAUUAAUCAUCGCGGAGCCGAUAGUAGACACACGCUGGUCAGAUCUAUCUACAAUGUCCUGGGUGGCAUGGGAUUGAGAGUUUUUUUUGAUUCCGAGGAGCUUCAAUUUGGGGACAUAUUGCCUGAAGUGAUACUACAAGCAAUGCGUAGCGCUUCCCUCGCUGUUUCGAUUUUCUCUCCCCGCUUUGCUGAGUCACCCUGGUGUCUCGCUGAGGUAUCCUUUAUGCGCAAAAUUGGAACACCUAUUAUUCCUGUUUUCUAUCUUGUUCAACCUGAUGAUUUACGAUGGGUGACAAGAGGAAGGUAUGCUGAGGAUUUUCUUAAACAUCAAGAAAUAGGUCGGUACAGCUUGGAACAGAUAAAGGAAUGGGAGGCAGCACUCCAUGAGGUCUCAUUUUUCAGCGGCUACAUCAUCAAUAAUGACGAUGAUGUGCAAAGGCUGUUGAGUGAAGAGCAAAGGGUUUUGAAGAAUAUUGUGAAUGUUGUAUUGAAUAAAAAGAGAAAAGUACCAUUAGUAGUAGCAAAACAUCCUGUGGGUCUUGAUGAAGCUGUAGCAGAAUUUGAUGAAAUGAUUGAAUCUGCAAAAAGUCACUCCAAGGUUCAAAUCUCGGGAAUCUGGGGCGUGGGUGGUUCUGGCAAGACCACGCUUGCAAAAGAAAUAUAUAACAGGAAAUACCAGACAUUGAGGAGGUCCUCUUUCCUUUUUGACGUUCGAGAUGCUGGAGUGAAAGGGCUCUUGGUUGAAAAGCAGAAAAAACUUCUGGAAGACCUCGGUGUUAAAGGCGCAACCUUUGAUAAUGUAGAACAAGGCAAACAGAUUCUACAAAGCCUUUUGAGAUCUGUUUCUGUUCUUAUUAUUUUAGAUGAUGUGGAUCAGAAAGACCAACUGGACGCUCUACUGCCAACGCCGCAGAGCCUUGGGGUCGGAAGUUUGAUUAUUGUUACGACACGCAACUCAGAUUUUCUGAAAGCGUGUGGCAGCUCCACGAAUUAUCAAAUGAGAGCUCUGAAUGCCACUCAUGCAAAGCAGCUAUUUUGUUGGCAUGCAUUCUUACAUCCCUCUCCACUGUCUGGGUUCGAAGAUCUUGUGGAUUUGUUUGUAUUUGUUUGCAGUGGACUGCCUUUGUCACUGGUAGUCUUUGGGGGACAGUUCUAUGGCAGAUCUACCAAGGAUUAUUGGCAGGAUCAAUUGUAUAAACUUUCAAAAAUAGCUCCAGAGGAUAUCAAAAGCAGGCUGAGAGUAAGCUAUGACGCUUUGCAUGAAGAAGAGAAACAGAUGUUUCUGGAUAUUGCGUGUUUUUUCAUUGGAGAAAAGAAAAGUUUGGCCACUGCAAUAUGGGAUGGAUGCAAAUUGCAUGGCCUACAGAGAUUGGAAACUCUAAUGAGCAAAUCGCUGGUUGAGCUGGACCAGCAGAGUUGCAUACGAAUGCAAGGUCCCCUAAGGGAUCUGGGAAGAGAAAUUGCGAAAGACAAGCCACCCUAUCGUCUUUGGUCAUCAACGCAGAUCAACAUGAUUAAUCAACAAGCAGGGGAGAGUUUGCAGAUUCGAGGGAUAAUGGCUGCUACAACUCAAUUUUCUGCAUGUUCUGCCCAUCGUGAGUUCCCUAGUUAUUCUUCUCCAUACCAACCGCCCUUUGACAAAUGGUUGAAGACUGUGAAGAACCCAAACUUACGGUCAUGUCCCUGCAAACCUCUCUCCCUUGGAUUAAAACUCCUGGUUGUAACAGGAGAUGGCUUUAGCAGCCAAUUAGCCAAAUUAUCAGAAGAGCUGGUCUGGCUUCGCUGGUUUGAUUUCAAGCAUGAAAUGCUUCCAUCAUGGAAGUCAUUGACAAAUUUAAGAGUUUUAGAGAUUUAUGGAGCUACGACAUUAAAAGAAUUAUGGGAAGAUGGUACGCAUCCUCCUUUUAAGCAAUUGACGGAGUUAAAUAUUACUUGUGAUUGGGGCAGUGGCUUGCAAAGAUUUCCUAGCUCAAUAUCAGAUCUAAAGUGUUUGAAAAAGAUAGCCUUAAUUGGUUAUCUAGGAGAUGAGUUUCCCAUUAAGAGACUGCCAGAAGAGUUUUGCGACCUCGAAAAGCUGGAGCAUCUGGAGUUGCGACAAUGUAAGGUGCUGUCAUCAUUACCCUCCCGUUUCGGCCAAUUAACAAUGCUUCGGCAUCUAGAUUUAUCCUGUUGCGUGGAGUUGAGGAAGUUACCUGUUUCUUUUAACCAGUUGACGCAUCUGGAAUAUCUGGAUUUAUUUGGUUGUAGAAAGAUAACUUUCAGUUUAGACUUUCUGAAAAACAUUUCAAAACUGGAGUAUUUGGACCUUUCAGGAUGUCGAAGAUUGCAAGAGUUUCCUCCUGGAAUCUCAGGUCAGCCAUUCUUGAGACAGUUUAAUAUGCAAGAUACCAGGUUAAGAAAUAUGGCUAGUAACAUGGAUCAACUGAGUAAACUGUUAACUUUACAAAUUGGUAGUCCAUUCUUGAGAAGCUUGCCACCUUCUCUCGGAUAUUUGUCCUCUCUCACCCAUCUCACAAUUUUCGAUUGUCCCAACCUAGAAUAUUUACCAGACUCUCUGGCAUUUCUAUUUCGUUUGGAGCAUUUGUAUAUAGAGUCUUCAGGAGUGAAAUGUUUACCAGAAUCUUUCACUCAAUUAGGUUGUCUUCAAACUUUGCAGAUUUCUGGUUGCCCAAUUAAGGAAUUGAAUUUUGGAAACAGUCUAUCUUCUUCAUCGCCCUGCCUGGGCUCGCUCAAGUUGCUCCAUAUAGCAGAUACAAAAGUGUCCAGGGUUUCCAUUUCUGACUGCUGUUGUCCAGUGCUUAAAACUCUCCAACUUGUGCAAAAUGAGAUCUUAGCGGACAUCUUAGCCCUGCCGACAUCGCUGGAGGAGGUAGAAUUGUUGGAGUGUGAAAGGUUGGAGGAAAUAAGUUGUCUUGAGGUCCUCCCUAAUCUUAAGUACCAACGAAUAAGUGGAUGCCCGCAAUUCGCUGACAGCAUAUGAAAGCUGCAUAUUUGCUCCCAGUCAAUGGGCAAUAAACGACUUGGUUUAGUAGCAGCUUUUGUAUAAUUUGUAAUACUUUCACGGGUAAUAAUGUUUGUUGGUUU